UUCAUUUUGAAGUAGCCCUCGCCAUUCCAUUAUUUCAUAUAUGUGAAGAGAACAAACACCAUUUUCCUUGUGUAGUGUGAAGAAACUUGGUUAAUUUAAUUAAAAUAAUUAAUUUUUAGCAAUCUUAAAAUGAUUAAAACAGAAAUUAUUUACCAAACAGGUCAUAAACCAGAGGAGCACCAAAAUGGUGGAGAGGUAGAAGUCGAUCAUCUUCGCAAAAUGUUCAUUGGAGGGUUAUCAGCAGUCACAACUGAAGAAUCUCUCCGGGGUUUCUACAAGCAAUGGGGUGAUGUAGUUGAUGCUAUAGUUAUGCGUGAUCCAGCAACAAAACGUUCCCGCGGAUUUGGAUUUAUUACUUAUUCUGACACGUUUAUGGUAGAUCGAGCGCAAGCGGCCCGUCCACACGUAAUUGACGGCAAGCAAGUAGAUUCGAAGCGUGCAUUACCCAAACCUGAAUUAGGCAAACCAGAAGCUAGUACAACAGUGAAAAAAAUUUUUGUGGGAGGUUUAAAAGAAAACCAUGAUGAGCAGGCUUUAACUGAACACUUCUCACAAUUUGGUAAUGUAGUUGGAGUUAAAAUUUUAACAGACAAAACCACGGGACGCAAACGUGGAUUUGCGUUUGUAGAGUUUGAUGACUACGAUGCCGUAGACAAAGCAGUUUUGCAUAAAAAUCAUACAAUCAAAUAUGUAUUGGUUGAUGUAAAGAAAUCAGUUUACAAACAAGAGCUAGCCAAGAAACGAGCCACGCAAGCACAACAAGCAGGUGGGCCUCCAGGUGGACCACCUGCAAAUGGCUAUCAACAACCAGCAGCUCCUUAUGCUCAACAGCCUGCUUAUGGCUAUCCACCACAAAUGGGUCCGCCAGCAUACAACGGAUGGGGUGGUUAUCCCCAAGCUGCCCCUCCAGCUGCUUAUCAACAACCACCACCAGCAGCUCCCGUUGCAGGAUACGGCGCUUAUACAGCGCCGCCGCAAAAUGGUGCAGCUCCAGGAUGGGGUGCACCCGCAGCCUACCCAGCUCCAACGGCUUGGCCUCAAAACGGGUACGCCGCAGCUCCCCCUACAGCGGCGCCAGUGCCACCACCUUCAGCUGCACCGGCAGCCGCACCAGCUGUAAAUAGUUGGAAUGGAGCCGCUGCAGCACCUACAGCAGCUGCGCCACAAAAUUUUGGUGAUUACCAACAGUCAUAUAACGGCGGUCCACAAAAAGCCGGUAGCUUACAAGGAAACCGAAUGAACCCUUAUAAUGUGUCCUCGGCGCCUAGUUAUGCUCGAACUGGCUAAGCACAAUCGUAGUUGGCGGCAGUAAUGGUCGGUACAACCCGAGGGAACUCAACUCAACACAUUGUUGAAAACAUAAAUUUCAAAUUUGGAAUUGAAAACAGCGAUCAACCGCGAGAGGUGUUUUCCUAAAUGUGACGAAUGGCGAGUGUAGUCAAAGAUAAUGAGGUAAGUAAGGAAUAACUUUUAUCAGGCUUACUGCUUCAUCGAUCCAGUAAAAUGGUAUUGGAUUUUUAUGUAGAAAAAAUAUCAAAUGAAAUAAAAAAAUUUAAAAAAAUUAAAAUUACUGUUUUUAUUUCGUGGGUUUAUGACUCAAUUCAUAUUCAUAUCAUCUUAUUGGAUAAUUUGCAUCGAGAUUAUACCAAUAAUUUAUGUUGCAGGAUAAACAAACGAUCUAAUAUAUACAGUCGAACUCGAAGUUCGCGGUUAAUCUAACUCUUGGAUUGGCAAUAGAAAUCAAAUUUCUUACAAAUUACCUUCCAUAACUCCAGAUCUCUGUUACUCGAAGUUUUUACGUGGAUUACGGUGACUCGAAUUAGGAACUGCGAGAACGGCUAAAAGGGCGAUAACUAUCCUGUAAUUAUUUAUUACAUCAGUCAAACAUUGAUGAGAGAGAGAAAGAGAGAGAGCGUGACACCGCCCAACUUUAAAAAAAGUUGCAUAUAAUAUUUUGUGAAAUUGAACCCCUUCUUCCCAUAUAGUAGCAGUUUGAGUACCGUCUGUCCCAUAAAUAUAUCAACACUUCAAUUUGCAGAUUUAGUAAUCCGGUUAUGUGGCUAAUAUCGUAAAUGAAUAUAAUUUAUAAAUCCUAUCCUUUAUCCUUUAUCGAAUAAUAUAACUCCCGUCCUUCCGGAUACCGAAUGAUGAUUUCUGCCCUUCCGGUUUAAUUGGUUACGGGAUGAUACGGUAAGUAUAUGAGAGAUGUCUUAGACACAAACGAAAGAUUCCUAUUUUAAGUUAUGUUUCUAAUUUAAAAAAUCAUGGUCGUAAUCUGGGUAUAAGUUUUGUCCAAUAUAUCGAGAUGUUAGAUUUCUGUUCUUUACUUUGAGCUCAAAAAUCAAUUUGCUUUACAAUGCAAGCUGAAAAACACAUGCUAUAUAAAUUUCUAAUCAAAAACAUUUAGUUUCGCACUCGUGAAUAAUAAGAAAACAGUGUCCAUUGAGAUUCAAACAUAUAUUUUAUUAAUAUUAAUCAGACGCACCUUAAGAGUUACCAUGUUACUUUUACUUUUACUUUUCUUGUUUUAAUGUUUUUUAAAUCGUAAACUUUUCUAAAUUUAUUUUAUAAUUUCUCAAUGCAUUAAGCACUAAUUUCAGGAUUUGUAAUUAGUUUUAUUUUAUGUUAAAAAACAUGUUUAGUUAUCAUUUACAAGAAAUACAAAUUUACUUUUUAGUUCGCUUAUAACUGAAACGUUAUAAAACAUUUUUUUGCCAGACUAUUUUUAGUUUACUACUUUUAAGUUUCGUUUUUCGAUUUAAAUUCUUUUUGUAAUCAGUUUUACGAGAGUUUUCGUUUUGUGCGCCUCAAUGUUGCAGCAUUUACUUAUUAUUGUUAACACUUGCUAGAGUUAAUGCA